AAGAAACUGUGUUUCUUACUUUAUUCUGUCUUUAUGUUUGAUUUGUACAGCUCUCCUAGCCAGAGGAGGUGAGACAUCCGUUCCCCCUACAAGAGACUCUGGUUCUUACAGGAUGGAUUUUCAAGGGUCAGUUCCAACCUAUAUCUAUGACAUCGAUUAUGGUGUGUCAGCACCCUGCCAAAAAACCAAUGUGAAACAAAUUGCAGCCCAGCUCCUGCCCCCACUCUACUCCCUGGUAUUCAUCUUUGGUUUUGUGGGCAACAUGUUGGUCUUCCUCAUCUUGAUAAGCUGCAAAAAGCUGAAGAGCAUGACUGAUAUCUACCUGUUCAACCUGGCCAUCUCUGACCUGUUCUUCCUGCUCACACUCCCAUUCUGGGCUCACUAUGCUGCAAAUGAAUGGAUCUUUGGGAAUAUAAUGUGUAAAGUAUUUACAGGGCUCUAUCACAUUGGUUAUUUUGGUGGAAUCUUCUUCAUUAUCCUCCUGACAAUUGAUAGGUACUUGGCUAUUGUCCAUGCUGUGUUUGCGUUAAAAGUCAGAACGGUCAACUUUGGAGCGAUAACAAGUGUAGUCACUUGGAUGGUGGCUGUCUUUGCCUCUCUCCCAGAAAUAAUCUUUACCAGAUCUCAGAAAGAAGGUUUUCAUUAUACGUGCAGUCCUCAUUUUCCACGCAUUCAAUAUCACUUCUGGAAGAGAUUCCAAACAUUAAAGAUGGUCAUCUUGAGCCUGAUCCUGCCCCUACUUGUCAUGGUCAUCUGCUACUCAGGAAUUCUCCAAACCUUGUUUCGCUGUAGGAAUGAGAAGAAGAGGCACAGGGCUGUGAGGCUCAUCUUUGCCAUCAUGAUUGUCUACUUUCUCUUCUGGACUCCUUACAACAUUGUCCUCCUCUUGACCACCUUCCAGGAAUUCUUUGGACUGAAUAAUUGCAGUAGUUCUAAUAGACUAGACCAGGCCAUGCAGGCAACAGAGACUCUUGGCAUGACACACUGCUGCCUAAAUCCUGUCAUCUAUGCCUUUGUUGGGGAGAAGUUCCGGAAUUAUCUCUCAGUGUUCUUCCGAAAACACAUUGUCAAACGCUUCUGCAAACGCUGUUCAAUUUUCCAGCAAGACAAUCCUGAUCGUAUAAGCUCAGUCUAUACCCGGUCCACAGGAGAUCAAGAAGUUUCUACUGGCUUAUGACCUGGGUUGAGUUUUGUGUAUCACUUAGCUUUUCUAUGUAGCUUGGAGGUAGGAAUGGUUCUUCUAAAAAAAGAAAUUAGUGUCAUAGAGGGCCCAAGAUACAUGCACCUUUUUGAUAUUUAUUUUAAAUAGAGUGGGUCUUUUAAAGCUGAAUGGGAGAGUUGUUGGGGGGCAAGGAGAAUGAGUCUUUUAUCUGUGCCGGGAAACAUACACAGAGACUUGAGGCACGGGCCAUGGCGCAUGUGCAAAAGGACAGACACAAGGCUGAUACUGUUGCCUAGAGAUGACGCGUCUCAUUGCUGAGUUCCUGAAAGGUGGCUGUAAAUAUGCCUGAUUGACAUAAAGUCUCUUAUUGCUGUCCAUGGAUGUGCCUGAUUGCCAACAGGGGAAGAACCACUUCUACAUAUAAAAUGUAGAGUCAGCAGAACUUGGGGUAAAUUGGAGUUAGAGGUGAACAAGAACUCCCAGGGUUAAUUAGGUUGGAAUAACCAUUGAGGAAACAACAAAUAUAAAGGAAGAAUAAGGUGUUUGGCCUAGAAACGUAGUAUCAUUUUACAGCCUAAAUAUAAUGUUGUCCCAGGCUGACAUUUUGUUCCUGCUUUCAGACCUAAAUCCUACCAUACCAGCUUUGAUCCUGAAGGGUAACCAGGAGGCUGUAAAACACCUGAAUUAUGAAUCAUGAGCCCGAAGUCUAGGAAUAAUAUGAACCCCUUGUCUAGACGAUGGCUGCUUACAUAGUUUGAACCCAUACCUUUUUAACCUUGAGCAGAGGCUCCAAGGGAUGACAAAACAUCAAUUUUCUCUAUUUACUUAGCAAUCAUAUCUGGGAGAUUCAUUUUAGAAACAAGUUGUACACUUCAGGAGCCAUGAAAAGAAUAACUACUGCCCUCUGUGUUCCAGGCUAAGUAUGAGGGCUUCAGUCACAAUUUCCAGAUGGGUUCUCCACACAAGCAAUGCUAAAUUUAGCCAUUUCUGAGAGGUUUAAGUUUUCUUGUUGUUUUUGCAGUUGAUAUUGUUUUGAAUUCUAGGGCAGUUAAGAUCUUCAUAGCGAAGGCUAGGGGAAGAAACACAGGGGUUAGAAUCGUCCAGGAGAUUAAGGUAUCUGCCUAUCAAGAGGUGCUGCUGGUUUUUCUCAAGCUCCGAUUGUGAAACCAGAGUCCUGUGACUGUCAGCAGGAAGUGAAUGUUUGCUUUUUUCUUUCCUAGGAUCCACAUCUUCUUCCCUACUAUGUAGCCCACACUAGUGUCAAGUUCAUGAUCUUCCUGCUUACGUCUCAAGUUCUGAGAUUACAAGUACAUAUGAACAUAUUCAGCUGUAUUUUUAUAUUCAUUAUAAAUUCUUUGAAGAUGAGUCUUAUAAAAAGUGCUUUGUAAAAAAUUGCAGUUUAUACUUUCAAUCGAGUGUAUAUUUAGUGAGUUGUACAUAAAAUUAUGAGAGUAUUUUGUAAGUAGUUGUUUUGGAGAACACCACCAAAUAAUAUUUGUUUAAAUAUAGAGUUCUUAGAUUAAAUGGGUGGUGAUGAUGAUUAUAUUCUCUUUAAAGUAUUUUUAGCAGUUAACUUACCUCCUCAAACAAAUUUUCAUAAUAACUUGUAGUUAAAGAUGUUAUGUCUAAGCAUGUAGUUUUUGAGCAGUGUUGCCUUGAAAGAUUGUAAAUUUUAAAUUGUGCUUACUCUCAAUCAAAAGAGUAUUUACAGAUUUUUUUCAGAAGUCAAGAAUCUGAAAUAAUUUAUUUGAAAAUAAAGAUAUGCAACUUUGUGGUCUGGUAUUUGAGUGGGAGUCACAUGAUAGGGAGGGUGAGCAUUGCCUUUGUUUUUCUUUCUCUCUUCCUCCCUUUCUUUCUCUCUCUCUCUCUCUUUCUUUAUUUCAAAAGUAUGUUAAAAAUUUUAGUAAUGAAAAUUCUAUAACACUGGGAUUUAUGUGCACAUGUUUCUUGUUCAGAGAGAGGAUAGAUGCUCCAAGGAGAGGUUGGAACAUGCUGGUUUUCAGUCUGCCUUAGCCCCAGCUUCCAAAGAGGGUGUUCAAAGAUGUUUGGGCUGUUCAUGCUCCUAAUGGAAGAGACAAGGGAGGAGGAAGUAAAACAGGCUCUGAGCGGUUCAGUAACUUCUCGUCAAUGGGUUUGAAUCUUCAAGGGGUUGCUUUUCAUUUCUUAGAUUUAAGAAUGGAAAGCAGCUGGGCUUAGAAGAAAGGAGUCAAGGGAAGGGAGCCCUCUAUCUGCUAUGAUAAAGCUUUAGUGGGGAUAAGGGAAAGUGUGCUAAUAACUUACCUUGUUGCUGUGACAAAAUAUCUGACAAAGGCAGCUUAAGGAAGGAAGGUUUACUGUUGUUGGUAGUUUGAUGGGAUGCACUCUGUUGUGUGAGGAGUGUGAGGUUGGUGGUCACAUCACAUCUACAUUCAGGAAGCAAAGAAUUGAAUGCUGGUGUCAGCUCACUUUCUCCUUUUUAUUCAGUCCAAGUCCCCAGUCCAUGGAAUGGUGUUGUUCGUACUCCGGGUGGUUCUUCCCUUCUUGGCUAAUUCUUUGGGAAAACAUCCUCAUAGAUACAGCCAGAAAUGUGUUUCCUAGAUAAUUCUAAAUCCAGUAAGGCAAUCAAUCAAUACCAACCAUUACAAAAUGUGUCUGUUCCUUUCUUUCUUUUUUUUUUAAUGGUUGAUAUACACACUCCUUCUUACCUUUCCAUAUGUUAGAUGAAUUUACAAAGAAAAACUGCCUGAGGUAUCAUAUGACUAUGUAUAUAUUUCUUUCAUAAUUUUAAAAAUAUUUUAAUGUUCUGUUUGGCUUCAUAUUGUUACUAUUUAGAUGAAUUGUAAUUUCUAUGUUAUUAUAAUUCUGUAAUGCCUCAAGAGCUUAUUUUGUUUUAAAAAUAAAGGGUUUUGUAUA